AUUCAUUAGAUGGCUGUCAGGACCUCCAAGUUCCGCCACAUUUACGGAGACCGAAAUGUGAAGUCUUACAAUGGAGUGCCUAUCUCAAAAAAUGCUCAUGAACAGGGUUUCUGUUCUGUAAACCCCAAGUUUGUUGCGGUUGUUGCAGAGCAAAUAGGGGGUGGAGCUUUCUUUGUCUUGAAAACUGACAGAAUUGGAGGGAUUGAUGCUUCUUCUUGUAAAAUCAGCAAACACAACGGAGCUGUUUACGAUAUCAGGUGGAAUCCUUUCAAUGAUAACCUGAUUGGAUCUGCAUGUGACGAUGGACUAGUCCGUCUUUGGAACAUCACUGAUGAGAAAGGAGUGGAAUCAAACCACUCCCCAGUACAGACAAUGAAAGGUCAUGGAAAGCGAGUAGGUGGCCUCAUGUGGCAUCCGUCAGCUGAUAACAUACUGGCGUCAUCCUCCUACGACAAUACCGUCAAGUUGUGGAAUGCAGAAACUGCCCAGAUUGUGUCGGAACUGUCGUCGUUCACAAACCAAAUAACCGACAUGUGCUUCACAACGGACGGUUCUCAAAUAGGAACUACUUGUAAAGACAAGAAACUCCGCGUAUUUGACUCGCAUACUGGCCAGAUUGUCGUCGAAGGGCCGGGACAUGACAACAUGAAGGUGUCUCGACUGAGGAUGCUCAAGGACGGUAAUAUCCUGACUGCUGGUUUCAGUAGCAUGUCCUCUAGAUGUCUGCGCCUUUACGACCCGAGGAACAUGAGCAGUAAGCUGGAAGAGUUACCGAUUGACAGUGCUACUGGCAGCUUGUUUCCACACUACGACCCGGACCUCAACCUCAUGUAUAUAGCUGGCAAGGGAGACGCAAACAUUAAGUUCUACGAGUUGGCGGGAGGAAGUGUGUUCUACCUCAACCAGUACAGUAGCGGCGAUGCACAGAGGGGAAUUGGCAUGAUGCCAAAACGAGGGCUUGACAGCACCAUCAACGAAGUGGCUAGGGCUUACAAACUGAACGUCGGAAAGAAGCUGGUGAACGUGAUCCCUCUGAAAGUGCCCAGACAGAGUAAAACGUUUGCGGAGGAUCUCUACCCUGAUACAGCAGGUUACACACCCGCACUCACUGCGGACCAGUUCAUUGCCGGGGAGAACUCUGCGCCGGCUGUCCUUCCUUUCCUGGAGCUCCAGGCUGCUAACAGCACUUCCAAGGGCUUCUCUGCUUCCAACGCAAGUACAGAGAUCCCCUUACUAGAUACUGCCUGUACUGAGCAAUAUACAAAUGGAAUAGACAACUCAAAAGAGGUUGCCACACUCAAAGCAGAGAUAUCGGCGCUAAAGAACACCGUGAAUGAGAAGAUGACUACAAUCGAGACAAAGACGUCAAGAAUUGAGGAGCUAGAGGAAGAGAACCGGAAACUUGAGGAGCAGCUGAGCUCUGCUAAUGAGGAGAUUGCAGAACUGCAAAGGAACGGAGUAGAAGACGACAACUAAAUUCCAGUUACUUAGUAACUAGACUCUAGUAACUAAGUAACUAGACUCUAG